CACCUAUUAUCCUACUUUCUAAUAAACUCGACGAGAAGUCAUCAGUUUGGUAUUUAUUUCUGUUCAUCCGAUUGAUAAUGAUUAAUUUUGAGUGAAUAAUUUGUAGGUAGAAUAUUAAAAUUAAACUCCGUGUUUCUUAGUGAGAAUAUUUUAGAUAAUAUUCACAUACAGAAUCUGAAAAGUGAAAAAUGGUGUACACGUGGUUGGAUGAUUAUUGUGGUUCAGCAUUCUGGAAUGAAUCCAUUACGUGGAAUACAAAUCAGCCAAAUUUUACAGAUUGCUUCGAAGAAACGAUUUCAAUAUGGAUACCAUCUUUAUUCUUAUGGUUAUUCUCUGGAUUAGAAAUCUACUAUUACUGUAACAGCAGCAAGAGAAAAAUUCCUUGGAAUUUGUUGAAUUCAAUGAAGACAGUAAUUGCUCUCGUCCUAUGUUUUUUAGUAGCUGUGAAAGGAAUUCUCUCUAUGAAUGAUGAAGCUGACACUCACAUCUACAUCGAAGAUUAUAUGACACCAAUAAUUGAAUUUUCAACAUUGGUAUUAGUUAUGGUGCACAUUGAUAUGAAUCGAAGGAAGGGAUUUGGAACAUCUGGAAUCCUUUUCAUCUAUUGGCUUCUAUGUGUAAUCUGUGAUACUUCAACUAUAUAUUCAACAAUUCAUCGAUGGGAUAAAAGUGUCUACCAAAAAUGGAUGAAUAUUGUUCAUUUCAUAUUAUCACUGAGUGAAUUUUUUUUGAACUGUUUCGCAGAUCGAUCAGCAUUCCAUGUUGGGAAUAUAUCAUGGAAAGUAUGUCCAGAAGAAUAUAGCAGUUUUUUAUCACGUAUUUUAUUUUCUUGGCUAACUCCAUUGGCUUGGAAGGGUUACAAAAGUACUCUGCAAAAUUCAGAUAUAUGGUAUUUGAGAAAAGAAGAAAUGUGUGAAAAUGUGUAUCCAAAAUUCAAUAAAUAUUGGAAUUCGUCCCAAAAGAAAUGUGAAGGAAAACAAACCUCUAUUUUGCCAUCUCUGAUUAAGUGUUUUGGAAUGAAGAACCUUAUGGCUGCUUUCUUGAAAUUCAUUCAAGAUUCACUCAUGUUUGUGAGUCCACUUGUUCUGAGAUUGAUCAUUGAAUUUGUUGGUAAAGAUGAAGCAUUGUGGAAAGGUGUUUUAUAUGCUAGUAUAUUAUUUGUUGCAUGUAGUUUGCAAACAAUUUUUUUAUCCCAGUAUUUCUAUAAAAUGUUUACCAUUGGGAUUCAAAUGAGAGCUGCUUUAAUAUCAGCUAUUUACAGAAAAUCUUUGAGGAUAACUGGUUUCAGUAGGAAAGAAAAUACUGUCGGAGAAAUAGUUAAUUUGAUGUCAGUGGAUACUCAAUACUUCGUUGAUAUUUUAACCUAUCUCAAUUUAAUAUGGUCUGCACCAUAUCAAAUAAUUGUAUCUCUUUACUUGCUUUGGCAAACAUUAGGAAUAUCAGUGAUUGCAGGAGUUGGAAUGCUCAUAGUUAUGAUUCCAAUAAAUACAGUCAUCAUCAAUAGGGUUAAAAAAUUCCAAAUUAAUCAAAUGAAGCAUAAAGAUGAUAGGAUCAGAGUGACAAAUGAGAUGCUAAGUGGGAUCAAAAUUUUGAAAUUAUAUGCCUGGGAACCAUUCUUUGAGGAUUCAAUUCAGGGUAUAAGACUGAAAGAACUCUUCGAAAUGAGGAGAGCUGCUUUCAUGAAUGCGGGAUCUAAUUUCAUUUGGACUUGUGCUCCCUUCCUGGUUUCCUUUGUUACGUUUGUGACAUACGUUUCUAUAGAUGAAAAUAACGUUUUGGAUGCCACGAAAGCUUUCACAUCCAUAUCUCUUUUCAACAUUUUAAGAUUUCCAAUGGCUAUGCUACCGACAUUAAUUUCUAAUCUAGCACAGACAAGUGUUUCAUUGAGAAGAAUAAAUGAAUUCAUGAAUUCACCCGAAUUGGAUAUAAAUAAUGUUACACAUGAACCACGCUCAGAUUUUCCUCUGAUAAUGAAAAAUGGAAAAUUUUCAUGGGGAUGUCAACCAGUUUUACAAGAUAUCAAUAUACAUCUCUCAAAGGGAUCAUUAGUAGCUGUUGUUGGUCAAGUUGGAGCAGGAAAAAGCAGCCUUAUCUCAGCAUUUUUGGGAGAAAUGGAAAAAUGUCAUGGUCAAGUAAAUACAUUCGGGUCAGUGGCUUAUGUCUCACAACAAACAUGGAUACAAAAUGAUACCAUUAAAAACAAUAUACUCUUCGGUAGAAAAUACAACGAAAAAUUGUAUACCUCAGUUCUAGAAGCAUGCGCAUUGAAAGAAGAUUUGAAAAUUUUACCAGGGGGUGACCUAACAGAAAUUGGCGAAAAAGGUAUAAACCUAUCAGGAGGACAGAAACAGAGGGUGAAUCUUGCCAGAGCUGUAUAUGCAAUGCGCGAUAUAUAUUUUUUAGAUGAUCCUCUUAGCGCAGUAGAUUCUCAUGUUUCUAAGCAUAUAUUUGAACAUGUUAUUGGUCCUAAUGGUUUACUGAGAAAUAAAACGAGACUCCUCUCAACACAUUGUAUCAAUUUUCUGCACCUUACUGAUUUGAUACUGGUUCUCAAAAAUGGCUCCAUAUCCGAAAGAGGUGGCUAUGAAGAGCUGCUGAGCUCAAAAGGAGCAUUUGCCGAGUUCCUGGAGCAACAUUGCAAAAAUCCAUCUCAAGAUCAAAAUGACGACAAAGAGUUGAUUAAUGCUACAAGAGAUUCAACGGAAUUCGUCAACAAUACUGAAUUAGAGGUUAGCGAAAAAGAAACUAGUCAUUACUCAGAUUUGGUCAUAAAAUCAGACAAAUCCAGCCGUAACAACAGUUUCAGAGUCAGGCCUAGUUUUGAAAAUAAUUCCGGACAACUAACCGAAACUGAAAAGAUUGAAAUAGGCAGAGUGAGCUUUCAAGUAUACAAAAAUUAUAUUAUUUCCAUAGGCCCUCUUCUUUGCUUUGGGAUUCUUAUAUUCAAUUUAAUCUAUCAAACAUUUGGAGUGGCUUCCAGCUUCUGGCUAUCAAAAUGGUCAAAUGAUGAUUCGGCAGAGAAUACAUCAGUAAGAAACAAAUAUAUAGGGAUUUACGGACUACUAGGAUUAGGACAAGGUCUGGCGAGUUUCCUAUUAACCUUCGCAUUUGCUCAAGGAUUCUAUAUGUCAUCCAUCAAAGCUCAUCAGAAUCUAAUCAAAUCUUGUCUUCAUGCAGCACAAUCCUUUUACGAUACAACACCUACAGGAAGAAUUCUCAACAGAUUUUCUAACGAUCUGAAUUGUAUGGAUAAUACUCUGCCUAUGUCAGUGUAUCAGGCUGUAACUACUUUCUUUGUGUUGUUUGGAACACUAUUCGUCAUCAGCUAUAAUUUCCCAAUAUUUCUCAUUCUAAUAGUUCUGACAGCUACAGUCUUCUUCUUCAUACAAAGGAUUUACCAAAGCACAUGUAGACAACUAAAAAGAAUGGAAUCAGUCUCAAGGUCACCAAUUUUUUCCUUUUUUGGAGAAACUUUGACAGGUGCAUCAACAAUAAGAGCCUUCCUUCAAAAUGAAAGAUUCAUAGCAGAAUCAGAUAAGAAGCUAGACAAUAAUCAAGCACAUUACUUCUAUGGACUUGUUGCUAAUAGAUGGUUAGCAGUAAGGCUGGAAUCCAUUGCGAAUAUCAUUAUCCUAUUUUCAGCUCUCUUUUGUGUAUUUGAAAAGGAUAGACUCAGUACAGGAAUUGUUGGUCUUUCUGUGACUUAUGCUUUGCAGAUAACACAAACGUUGAACUGGCUCGUACGUAUGAUUUGUGAUGUAGAAACUAACAUUAUAGCUAUAGAAAGAAUAAAGGAUUACUCGGAACUACCUCAAGAGACUUUAUGGGUCAUACCUGAUACAGAACCCGAAUCUGAUUGGCCAAAAAAUGGUUGUAUUAUAUUUCAAGACUAUUCAGUUCGAUAUCGACCUGGCUUGGAUUUAGUUCUAACCAAAAUAAAUUUGAAAAUCGAUGAAAAAGAGAGAAUAGGAAUUGUUGGACGUACUGGGGCCGGUAAAUCUAGCUUGACCCUUUGUUUAUUCAGGAUCAUAGAAGCGGCUGGUGGCUCUAUACUCAUAGAUGGCAUCGAUAUAUCUAAACUAGGGCUUCAUACCCUCCGAUCGAAAAUAACCAUAAUUCCUCAGGAUGCGGUACUGUUUUCUGGAACGUUAAGAAUGAAUUUAGAUCCUUUCAAUAAAUAUACAGAUGAAGAAAUUUGGUCAACUUUAGAGCAUGCCCAUCUGAAAGAGUUUAUUGCAGGUUGUUCAAAAGGUCUUCAGUAUGAAGUGAACGAAGGUGGCGAAAACUUCUCUUUAGGACAACGACAACUUAUCUGCCUGUGUAGAGCACUAUUGAGAAAAACGAAAUUACUUAUUUUAGAUGAAGCUACAGCUGCUGUUGAUUACGGAACCGAUAGUUUCAUUCAAGAAACCAUUAGAACACAAUUUCGAGACUGUACCAUAAUAACAAUUGCUCAUCGAUUGAAUACAGUGAUUGAUUACGACAGAAUCAUUGUAUUAGAUAAAGGUUCAAUUAAAGAGGUUGAUUCACCACAUAAUCUCAUGAAACAAAACGGUAUUUUUUAUGGUAUGUGCAGAGAAGCUGGAAUACUUUGAAAACUUUAUAUAUAUGUUCAAAUUAGUUUCCAAGAAUGUUUGAUACAACUAUAAUAUGUAUUGUGUUAUAAGUUACGGAGUUAUUAAAAUUUUGUUAUUGA